AUAUAUAGUACAAGUGUUAAUUGACAACAACAAAGUUUUAAUACAUUCCUCCAUUUACAUAGAGACAAGCUUUAUCAAAUUUUGAAAUCAUGAGGUGUACUACUUUGUUUAUGGUUUCUUGUGUUUUCAUAUUUUACAUUCUGAGUCAUGGUAAAGAUGGAGACGCUAGAGACACUGACUGUUGGGAUUAUAUCACAUUCCCUGAGGGAAAAUGCGGCUUCCACGGAAAUAAGAAAUGCUUCGAAGACAUGCGUUCAAAGAACAAAACAAUACGCUAUCGUCAGUGCAAAUGUACCAUCACAGGAUUUUGGGGGCACCAACAUGGAUGCUAUUGUCGAAGGGCUGAUCCCUCUAAUUGCUUAUAGAAAUGUGUAGACAUUUCGGCCAAUCAAACCCAAAAUCUAUUCACUGAUGAUAACUCAGAAAGAAAUUGCGUAGGAGAGUUUUUGCUGUUUACAAAUAAAUAAACAAUGGUGGUAAUAUGAUCGAUGAUACCUUUUAUAGUUAUGUUACGUUGUGUCAUAGUAAAUCUAAAAAGAUUAAUUAUGGCGGAGUGUUCUUAUCUCGUUUAUUAGUUUGUUUGUUUGUCUGUGUUCAACAUUUUCAAAUAAGAAAUAGUUGAGGUGU